UGUGUGUGUGUGUGUGUGUGUGUAUGACAGAACGACUGAGAGAGUGGGAGGAGGAGUGAGCGUCGGUUCGGUGGCGGUGUGGAGAGAUGGAAGCGGGGAAGGCGGAUGCAGAUAAGACUCGCUCUCGCUGUCCCCAGGACUAAGGACGCAGAUUAAACGUCUCUACCCUAAGGAUAUUUUUCGUAUUUUUAUUAUUAUUAUUUUCCUGCCGAUGUACUAUGAUCUCCGUCGCGCUUUCGGGCACCACCCCUCCAAACGCACCCGUCUAUCUCUGAGCUGUCAAUCAUAUCACGCCGGGAUUUCUACAUGUGAGUGCAUGGCGCGCCGGGCAGGGCGGAUCUGCUCACUGGGUGAAAAAACGCCGGUUAAUAUGGAUGAAAGGUCAAUCACCAUCUCGUCAUUUCAAUCACUCUGAUUAGCGACACCGUCCUAUAGCGUUGCCCAGACCACAGAGCAGGAAAGAUGAUGUGCGAGGUGAUGCCGACCAUCAGCGAGGGAGACUCGGCCGGUCCUCCGAGAGGCACCGGCGGCGUCCCGAACGGCUCGGACCAGGAGGCCAACUUCGAGCAGCUGAUGGUCAACAUGCUGGACGAGAGGGACAAGCUGCUGGAGUCCCUCAGGGAGACUCAGGAGACCCUCAUUCAGUCUCAGACUAAGCUGCAGGGGGCGCUGCACGAGAGGGACGUGCUCCAGCGGCAGAUCAACGCCGCGCUGCCUCAGGAGUUUGCCACCCUGACGAAGGAGCUGAACAUAUGCCGGGAGCAGCUGCUGGAGAAAGAGGAGGAAAUAUCUGAGCUGAAAGCUGAAAGGAACAACACCAGGCUGCUGUUGGAGCACCUGGAGUGUCUGGUGUCUCGCCACGAACGCAGUUUGAGGAUGACAGUGGUGAAGAGACAGGCACCCCCGCCAUCUGGAGUCUCUAGCGAAGUGGAGGUCCUCAAAGCUCUGAAGUCGCUGUUUGAACACCACAAGGCUCUGGAUGAAAAGGUGCGUGAGAGGCUUCGGGUGGCUCUGGAGAGGGUGGCCACCCUGGAGGGACAGCUAGCAGCUACAACACAAGAGUUGAAUAUGGUGAGACAAAGGAAGGAUGGUGACUCAGUGGAGCGAACAGAUGGAUCCAAACCUACAUGGAAGAGACUGCCCAAUGGCUCCAUAGACGCUCACGAUGACGGCAGUCGGGUGUCUGAGCUUCAGGAGCUCCUGGAUCGGACCAAUAAGGAGCUGGCCCAGACCCGCGAGCACUCUGCCACUCUAAAUGCCCGUGUGGCUGAGCUUGAGACAGAGCUUGCAAACGCACGCCGAGAACUGAGCCGCAGCGAGGAGCUGUCAAUCAAACAACAGAGGGAACAGAGAGAGAGAGAGGAUAUGGAGGAGAGAAUAACAACGUUAGAGAAACGCUACCUGGCUGCCCAGCGGGAGACCACACACAUCCACGACCUCAAUGACAAACUGGAGAAUGAGCUGGCCACCAAGGACUCCCUGCACCGACAGAGUGAAGAGAAGGUGCGCCAGCUGCAGGAGAUGUUGGAGAUGGCAGAGCAGAGACUGGCUCAGACCAUGAGGAAGGCAGAGACUCUGCCAGAGGUGGAAGCUGAACUGGCACAGAGAGUGGCAGCGCUCUCCAAGGCUGAGGAGCGCCAUGGCAACGUGGAGGAGCGUCUCAGACAGCUGGAAUCACAACUGGAGGAGAAGAACCAAGAGCUAGGAAGGGCUCGUCAAAGGGAGAAAAUGAAUGAGGAGCACAACAAGCGUUUAUCUGACACUGUGGAUCGUCUGCUCACUGAGUCCAAUGAAAGACUGCAGCUCCAUUUGAAAGAACGCAUGGCUGCCCUGGAGGACAAGAACUCCCUUAUUCAGGACCUUGAAAACUGCCAGAAACAGCUUGAAGAAUUUCACCACACCAGGGAACGGUUGAUUGGAGAGAUCGAGAAGCUGAGAAAUGAGAUCGACCAUUUGAAACGCCGCAGUGGGGUGUUUGGAGACGGAACUCACCCUCGGUCUCACCUGGGUAGCUCCAGUGAUCUUCGCUUCUCAGUGGUGGAGGGCCAAGAUGGCCACUACAGUACAACUGUGAUCAGGCGGGCACAGAAGGGCAGGCUGUCAGCGCUACGAGACGACCCAAACAAGGACUACCCAUCUCUGCGUGGCAGUGUCAGCCACCUCCUUGGCAGCGACAUCGAGGCCGAGUCAGACCUGGAUGACGACGUUAGCUCUGCCCUGCUUUCCCCCAGCGGCCAAUCAGAUGCUCAGACUCUUGCUCUCAUGCUGCAAGAGCAGCUUGACGCUAUCAAUGAAGAGAUAAGGAUGAUCCAGGUAGAGAGAGAGUCAGCAGACCUGCGCUCUGAUGAGAUUGAGUCCCGUGUGAACAGCGGGAGCAUGGACGGACUCAACGUGACGCUUCGACCCCGGGCCCUGCCCACCUCCGCCACCGCCCAGUCCCUUGCAUCAUCCUCCUCCCCACCCACCAGCGGCCACUCCACACCUAAACACCACGGACGCAACACCAGCCACCAUCUAGGCAUCAUGACUCUGCCAAGCGACUUGAGGAAACACCGCAGGAAAGUAGCAUCUCCAGUGGAGGUGGACAAAGCUACUAUCAAGUGUGAGACAUCACCGCCCUCCUCCCCCCGCAGUUUACGACUGGAAACCAAUUUUGCCCAAUUCACAGGCAGUUUGGAGGAUGGUCGAGGCAAGCAGAAGAAGGGCAUCAAGUCAUCUAUUGGCCGAUUGUUUGGGAAGAAGGAGAAGGGUCGAAUGGACCAGACAGGAGUCAGCAGGGAUGGACAGCCCUUACCGGCCUUAUCAGACUUUGAGAUGGGCAUCGGUGACACUAUGACUCUGGGAAAACUGGGCACUCAGGCUGAGAGGGACCGCAGGAUGAAGAAAAAACAUGAGCUUCUAGAAGAUGCCAGGAAAAGAGGUCUGCCAUUUGCCCAGUGGGAUGGCCCUACUGUCGUCUCCUGGCUAGAGCUGUGGGUGGGUAUGCCAGCCUGGUAUGUGGCAGCCUGUCGUGCCAACGUGAAGAGCGGAGCCAUCAUGUCAGCUCUGUCAGACACAGAGAUCCAGAGGGAAAUUGGCAUCAGCAACCCUCUGCACAGACUCAAGCUGCGCUUGGCCAUCCAGGAGAUGGUCUCCCUCACCAGCCCCUCAGCACCACUCACAUCGAGAACGUCCUCCGGAAAUGUGUGGGUGACUCAUGAAGAGAUGGAGAACCUGGCUUCUUCCACCAAAGCGGACAAUGAGGAGGGCAGCUGGGCACAGACUCUGGCAUAUGGAGACAUGAAUCAUGAGUGGAUAGGGAACGAGUGGCUGCCCAGUCUUGGUCUGCCUCAGUACCGCUCCUACUUCAUGGAGUGUCUGGUGGACGCACGCAUGCUGGACCACCUGACUAAGAAGGACCUGAGGAGCCACCUCAAGAUGGUGGACAGUUUCCAUAGGGCUAGUCUGCAGUAUGGGAUUAUGUGCUUGAAGAGACUCAAUUAUGACAGGAAAGACCUGGAGCGCCGGAGAGAGGACAGCCAACACGACAUGAAAGAUGUGUUGGUGUGGACCAACGAGCAGGUGAUCCACUGGGUCCAGUCCAUUGGUCUGAGGGAGUACAGUGGCAACCUGUUGGAAAGUGGUGUUCAUGGGGCGCUCGUCUCUCUUGAUGAGACCUUCGACUACAGCAGCCUAGCGCUGAUCCUGCAGAUCCCUAUGCAGAACACACAGGCACGGCAGGUUUUGGAGAGGGAGUUCAACAACCUGCUAGCCUUGGGGACGGACCGUCGACUAGAGGAGAGUGGGGAUGACAAGACUUUUCGACGCUCUCCAUCAUGGCGCAAGAGGUUUCGGGCACGUGAGGGAGGGGCGGGGCUGGGGAUGAUGGCAGGCUCCAUGGAAACACUGCCUGCGGGCUUCCGUAUGCCCUCCAUGUCCAUGCCACCCUCUGUGAAUUUGAUGCCCAAGAAACAGCUCCAACCUGAAGUGCAUUCUCAUUACCUAUACGGACACAUGCUUGCGGCCUUUUGAGAGUGAUAUGCCAAAUCUGGAGAGGAAGACCUGGGUGCCACUGGGGGGGGGUGUAGGUCUUCACCCCUUUGUUGCCCAGCCUCACCUCCCACCUUUCACCUCUCACCUCUCCUUCGGACACGUGCAAUACAGAGGCCAACUCUGACCUUUGAACUCUUGAGAGUGCUCAUUGGCUGCGCUCGCUGCUGUAAAGGAGACUUAUCCCGGUCUCUCCCAGUUUACCCCAGUGCUCCCAGUAGCCUUGUUGUUGUGGUGUUGUGCUCCUGCUCCCCUGGUCUCAGCUGUGGGUUCUUGUCCUGGUUCUAUUAGUCUCAACAUGGCCAAGUCCAAGCCAAUUUUGCUGUGUCAUCGAGUCGUAGGAACAACAAUAGUUGGUUAGUGUAAAAAACAAAAAGAUGUAAAGUGAAGGUGACCAGCUGUUGACUUGGAUUUGGGAAUGAUGAAUACUUGUAUAAAUGGCAGAUCCCACUGCAUAUUGCCCCUCUACCGGUUAUGCAAGGUAUUACUCAUUUAUCGUCUCUGUACAUAAAAUGGAUGACUUAUGUUUUUUAUAGAAAUAUUAUAUAUAUAUUGGAAAUAUAUAUGGAAAAUAAUAUAAUAUCAUUGCUGUAUGAAACCCAAUGCCCUGUAUUCGAUAGUGACUGUUCUCUCUCUCUUUCUCUUUCUUUCUCUUUCUCUCUGUGUCGGACCUUUGUGUGUCUUUUGCUGUAUGCUGUAAGUGUGUGAAUCGUUAGUGGGAGGGACUCACAAAGGAGGGGGUGUGUUUCUACAAGGACUCUUCACAGGUUCAUGGGUCCAAUUUCAGACUUUUCUCUCUUUGCCUCUUCUCCAGUUCUUUCUUUCCCCCCUCUCUCCUCCUCUUUUGACACUAUGUAGCUGUUACCUCUCCUCUCUCCGCCUCUCUCGCCUUCUGUAUGACACUAUGUAGCCUAGAAUAGAGAGAAUCCUUUAAUAUGAAGAGUGUGUGUAUGUGCGCGUGAGUGGACGAGUGAGUCUCUUUGCUCAAGACUUGUGGAGAGGUUGUGUGUGAAAGGCCGACCCCAGCCGUGUGACCAUGACUCUUUUCUGUGGAUGGGUAGUGUGAACACUGUAGCUCCUCUCUGUUGAUUCCUUACUUUUUCUCUCAAAUCAAACUGUAAACUGCUGCUCAACAUCAGCCAACGAUAUCCACGUUAUACUGCUCAAAGCAGCGGGCUCGUCUAAUCCUGCCCCGUUGCCUCCCAUUUAGUUGCCAUAGAGACGUGCCAGUGAGCAGUCAGUACUCUUGGCUGACCAACUCCUCAUCCAAUGAGAACACAGCAUAUGAGCCAGUGAAUUGCUGGAUGGGUGUACAAUCUUUUAUUUCACUUUAUUUUUUAUUUUACAGUUUUUCCAAGGUGUCUAAAAGGUGUAAUGUGCUAUGUGGCAGCUAUGAGUACUGUGUCUUUAUUCCAGGUGUGAAACAAUGCUGACAAAUCAAGAUUUUAUUAUUUGGCUAUUUAAAAAAGUGUACUGUAUUUAUGA